UCCGUUUUGUGUGGUUUCGUGGCUAUAAAAGGCCCAUCCAUCUGGCAGCAGGGAUUCAGUUUGCGAUCACUGUCCCAAGGAGUUGCAACGAGCGAUAGAAAUGAAGCUGCUGAUUUUUGCCUGUCUGCUGGGUCUGGCCCUCGGCCACGAGGUCUACACCUACUAUACCCCAUCGUACGGGUACUACCCGUCGACCUAUGCCCGGGCUGCGGGUGUCCUGCCGCUGGCCUAUUCCCGCCUGGUGGCUCCGGCCGCCGGCGCUGCCGAAUCGCAUCUGUACCACAGCGUGGCGACUCCCAACUCCUUCCAGCAACAGUACCGCAGCGACUACAAGCCCCUGACCUAUGAGUAUCACCUCUAUUGAAGAGCGAGAGCGAGGGAGAGGGAGAGUCAGCGAGAGAGAGCAAACACCUCUCUCGCUGCCGCAUCUCAUAUCCACGUAUCCACGUAUCCAAGUGAAAUUUGAAUAAAGUUUGUCCACUCCCAA